AUGAAGUCAACAGCUUAUGUCCACUUCCUCCCACAAGCACUUGAGGGACAAGAGAAGGUCAUCAUUGAAUACCUUCAAGCCACUGAGAAGCUCCAAAAGCUUCAAGAUCUCCGCGAAGAGUUCAAGUCCCGCUUGAAACAGGAGAACUUACUACAGGAAUACAUGCUCAUUUUGUACCCAUUACUAGAUGGCUCCCAUUUACCAUCAGAGUACACUGCAGCUCUUGAUGCACUCAAAGAUCUUCGCGAUCACCGUCCGAUCGGUAAAGAAGCCUUCGAGCUCACCAUUGAGCAAGCCAUCCUCGCCAAGUACAAUGCAAAGAAGCGGAUGCUCGAAGCUCUUGAUAAGAUCAAGGAGUACGUCGAAACGUUCUAA